AUGAAGCAUCCAAUCCAGACCAAUGGUCCUAUGUCAACACUAGUCAUAAUCCAGCAGAUGAUGGUUCCAGGGGGGCAGUCAAUUCAGGUGUUUCUGAAAAGCCAGAGAUGGAUUACCGGACCUGAAUUCCUUUGGGAAACACAAGACCAGUGGCCUGUUAGAUCUUGCGAUAUGCAACUGAAAGAUGGAGAUCCGGAGGUCAAAAAACAUGUGAUUGCGAAUGCAGUAUCUACCAAUGACUCAGAGAAGCUAAUUAAUGAGUUGUUUAAGCGGUAUUCAAGUUGGUACAAACUAAAGCGAGCAGUAUCAUGGAUCUUGAAGAUAAAGAAGGCGUUGUUGAAACGUUGCAGGAACGAGCAAGAUAACUUCUCGGCGGGUAUCACUGUUCAAGAUCUUCAAGAAGCUGAACAUGCGAUAAUUUAG